AUGAGCUCCUACUUCUCCUCCUACUCCUCGUCCUCCCUCUCAACCGCCCUCAGCUCCCGACUCACCAGUCUCCGGCGAGCAAUCACACUCGGUGACGAGAAAGACGACCCCGACAACGAAGACUGCUCGCACAUUUCUAACGCCCUCCGCGCCUACUAUACCGAGAAAGGCCGCCAAGGCCAAGGUCCCGCCACCGGCGCCUACGGCCGGAGCAGUGGCGGCGGCCUGGGUGAUCUAUGGGGUGAUUCCGGCGGUGCAUCCCAAACACCCGGGGCGCAAACAACCAGCCUUCGUCGCGGACGCGGUGGUGCCGCACCCCCUCUGGUUCCGAUGCACAGCGCACCGCCUGGUCCAAUGCAUACACCUUCCCCACCGCUCGCGCACGCCCAGUCCCAUUCACCUACCCCGUCCGGCGCACUGCAUCCAGCUGGUGCGCGGCCGCUGCCGAGUCAGCGCUCCGGAUCUCAUCAACCUGGUCAGCAGAGAGUUAGUCAGGACCGGCCUGGUGCGGGGUCCGCGCAGGAGAGACUCCGGGCUCGACUGCAGGGUGGUCGGUCACCUAGUCCGAAUAUUGAUCCUAAGGUGCGGAAGCCGGUUGGUGGAUCGGGUUCGCGGUGGUGA